AUGAACCAAGAGCAUAUUGCCACCGUAUCUACAGUGGCCACCAGCACGACGUAUGCCACUGUCACGGCCACCACCGUCGUCCCCACCACUGUGCUGAGCACCUCCGUCCACACGCUUACCUCGACGUUCCCCGUCACGGGCACCUACACCACCUCGGCCACUGUGACGAGCACGGUGACCGACACGGCAUCAACGGGCACCCCUACGACGGUGUCCACCACCGUAUCGUGUUGGCAGCUACGGGUGCACGCAUUUAGCGCCGCCGACGACUACGACCAAGGCUACCUGAAGUCUUUCUUGCAGUACCCUGGUAGCGACAUUUUCUGCUACACGACGACUGACAGGACGGCGGCAACCACCUUCAUGGCGGUCCAGGACCCCGCCUCGGGCCUGUUCAAGCUGCAGACGACUGACGGCAGCGGCAACGUCCUCAUCGCUGAGGCGGGCUUCUCGGCUGCUACCUUUGCGUCUGGCAGUGCCGCCUACACCUGGACGUACCCAGGUGCACCCUCUCUGUGCGGUGCUGCUGGCUCGCGAGGCGCACCCGCCGCGGGAGCGGGUUCUUACGACGGCAACACGUGCGAGACGUACGUCUUUGGCCCGCAAGCAGACGCAGAGACGCUUCCCGAGGGUGCCACCGUCGUCCUCCACUCUGACUGGUACAACCCGUCGGCAACCUCACCCGGACAAUGCUAA